UAUUAACACUCUCUCUCUCUCUUCCUCUCUCUCAGAGGGAGGUAUGCUAUGGCGGUGUCUCAGAGUAGAGUUAGUACUUGGAGCAGUAAGCAGGUGUCUGGCUGGCUGAAGCAGGAGGGGUUUGGGCAGUAUGUGGUGCUGCUGUGUUCUAAACACCGUGUGGAUGGCCCCAGCCUGCUGACUCUAGGGGAGGCUGACCUGCGUGAACCCCCUCUGGGCCUCACUGUGCUGGGGGACAUCAAGAGGCUGGCCCUGGCCCUGCGGAGGCUCCAAAGACAGAACCAGGAGCAACUGGAGGAGCUGGGGAUCGGGUUAGGGGGAUUAGGGGCUGCUGCUGGGGGGGACAGGGCCUGUCACGGGAAUGACUGGGGGGAUCACAGGGCUGACAGGCGGUGUAACGGAGGGAAACAUGUGUGUAACGGGGCAGGGCGCCGUCAGGUGGACUGUGGGGUCUCAGGGUCAUGGUCAGGGUCGCGACCCCGGUCAGGGACGGAGUUAGAAGAAGACCAGUGCCACAUUCACUCCACUGGGGACAGGACGUGCCUUCUAGAGCGUCUGGACCCGGAGCUGUGGAAGACAGUAGUCAGCUCUGUUUACGUCAUGCUCGUCUUCGGAUUUACCUCCUUCGUCAUGGUGAUCGUCCACGACCGCGUUCCCGAUAUGACAACUUACCCACCACUGCCCGACAUCUUCCUGGAUAGUGUACCCAGAAUCCCUUGGGCUUUUGCGAUGGCGGAGGCUUGUGGUCUAAUCCUAGUUUACAUCUUCCUGUUGGUGCUACUACUACACAAACACAGGUCUAUCAUAUUGCGGCGUCUGUGUUCUCUGAUUGGAACAGUGUUUCUGCUGCGUUGCGUCACCAUGUUUGUUACCUCCCUCUCUGUACCUGGACAACACCUACAGUGCUCCAGUAAGAUGUAUGGUGAUACGUGGUCUAAGGUCCAGAGGGUGUUAGCUAUAUGGAGUGGCUUUGGCAUGACGCUGAAUGGAGUGGAUACCUGUGGAGAUUACAUGUUCUCUGGUCACACUGUGGUACUCACCAUACUCAACUUCUUCAUCACAGAGUAUACUCCUCGUAGCUGGCACCUGAUUCACACCAUUUCCUGGGUCCUGAAUCUGUUUGGUAUCUUCUUCAUCCUGGCGGCUCAUGAGCACUACUCCAUAGAUGUGUUCAUCGCCUUCUACAUCACCACCAGGCUGUUCCUGUACUACCACACUCUGGCCAACACCAGGGCCUUCCAACACAGCCGCCGCGCUCGGAUCUGGUUCCCCAUGUUCUCCUUCUUCGAGUGUAACGUCACCGGCCCUGUUCAUAACCAGUACAACUGGCCCUUCAGCGGGCCUGCCUGUAUGAAGACACUGAUUGGAUAACGCAGCACACACACACACACAUACACAUACGCACGCGCACGCGCACACGCACACGCACACGCACACGCACACGCACACGCACACGCACACGCACACGCACACACACACACACACACACACACACACACACACACACACACACACACAUACACACACACACACACACACACAUACACAUACACAUACACACACACACACACACAUACACAUACACAUACACAUACACAUACACACACACACACACACACACACACACACACACACACACACACACACACACACACACACACACACACACAGGUAGGGUUAGGCUUUAGUUAGUGUCAGGGCUCUAGAUUCUAUGUUCUAGAUUCUAAAAAAUUGCAUAUUGUACUUUCAGUAUUAUAUAGAUAAUAUAUAGAUAGCAGUAGAUAUUGAGCUAUGUAUAAUGUAUAGAUAGCAGUAGAUAUUGAGCUAUGUAUAAUGUAUAGAUAGCAGUAGAUAUUGAGCUAUGUAUAAUGUAUAGAUAGCAGUAGAUAUUGAGCUAUGUAUAAUGUAUGGAUAGCAGUAGAUAUUGAGCUAUGUAUAAUGUAUGUUGUUUAUUGAUGAGUUAAAUCAGUUAGCUGUGUGUUUGUAGCUAGCCAUAUUGAAUGUAUUGGAAUCUGAGCUUCAUUAACAUCAUGUAUGUACACUGAGUGUACUAGACAUUAGGACUCUUUCCACGACAGAGACUGAACAGGUGAAUCCAGGUGAAAGCUAUAUUCUCUUAUUGAUGUCACCUGUUAAAUCCACCUGAAUCAAUGUACACUGCUCAAAAAAAUAAAGGGAACACUUAAACAACACAAUGUAACUCCAAGUUAAUCACACUUCUGUGAAAUCAAACUGUCCACUUAGGAAGCAACACUGAUUGACAAUAAAUUUCACAUGCUGUUGUGCAAAUGGAAUAGACAAAAGGUGGAAAUUAUAGGCAAUUAGCAAGACACCCCCAAUAAAGGAGUGAUUCUGCAGGUGGUGACCACAGACCACUUCUCAGUUCCUAUGCUUCCUGGCUGAUGUUUUGGUCACUUUUGAAUGCUGGCGGUGCUCUCACUCUAGUGGUAGCAUGAGACGGAGUCUACAACCCACACAAGUGGCUCAGGUAGUGCAGUUCAUCCAGGAUGGCACAUCAAUGCUAGCUGUGGCAAGAAGGUUUGCUGUGUCUGUCAGCGUAGUGUCCAGAGCAUGGAGGCGCUACCAGGAGACAGGCCAGUACAUCAGGAGACGUGGAGGAGGCCGUAGGAGGGCAACAACCCAGCAGCAGGACCGCUACCUCCGCAUUUGUGCAAGGAGGAGCAC